ACAUCUGAUGUGGAUUAUCGGUUAUUAGAAGCAUCCAAAGCUGGAGACUUGGAAACUGUGAAGCAACUCUGCAGCCCUCAGAAUGUGAAUUGUAGAGACCUGGAAGGCCGUCAUUCAACGCCACUGCACUUUGCUGCAGGCUAUAACCGUGUCUCGGUGGUGGAGUAUCUCUUGCACCAUGGGGCAGAUGUGCAUGCCAAAGAUAAAGGUGGCUUGGUACCCCUGCACAAUGCCUGUUCUUAUGGACACUAUGAAGUGGCUGAACUCUUGGUGAGGCACGGUGCUUCUGUCAACGUGGCAGACCUGUGGAAAUUCACUCCUCUGCACGAAGCAGCAGCGAAAGGAAAAUACGAAAUCUGCAAGCUGCUUUUAAAACAUGGAGCUGAUCCAACAAAAAAGAACCGAGAUGGGAACACUCCUCUAGAUUUGGUGAAAGAAGGAGACACAGAUAUCCAGGACUUACUACGAGGAGAUGCUGCCUUGCUAGAUGCUGCCAAGAAGGGGUGCCUGGCACGAGUGCAGAAGCUAUGUACCCAAGAAAAUAUCAAUUGCAGAGACACCCAGGGAAGAAAUUCAACACCGCUACAUCUUGCAGCUGGUUACAACAAUUUGGAAGUAGCUGAAUACCUCCUUGAGCAUGGUGCUGAUGUUAAUGCCCAGGACAAAGGAGGAUUAAUCCCUCUGCACAAUGCAGCAUCCUAUGGGCACGUGGAUAUCGCAGCGCUGUUGAUCAAGUACAAUACAUGUGUAAAUGCAACAGAUAAAUGGGCCUUCACACCACUGCACGAGGCUGCACAGAAAGGAAGGACACAGCUCUGUGCUCUGCUCUUAGCUCAUGGAGCAGAUCCAACCAUGAAGAAUCAAGAGGGUCAGACACCACUAGACCUGGCAACAGCAGAUGAUAUCCGAGCUUUGCUGAUAGACGCCAUGCCCCCAGAAGCUUUGCCCACAUGCUUUAAGCCUCAAGCUACUGUUGUUAGUGCUUCCCUGAUCUCACCAGCAUCUACACCAUCCUGCCUCUCUGCUGCCAGCAGUAUAGAUAACCUCACUGGGCCACUGGCAGAACUGGCUGUAGGAGGGGCAUCAAAUGCUGGUGAUGGAGCAGCAGGAACUGAAAGGAAGGAAGGAGAAGUUUCUGGUCUUGAUAUGAACAUCACCCAGUUCCUAAAAAGCCUUGGUCUUGAACACCUUCGGGACAUCUUUGAGACAGAACAGAUAACCCUGGAUGUGUUGGCAGACAUGGGGCAUGAGGAACUUAAAGAAAUUGGGAUCAAUGCAUAUGGACACCGCCACAAAUUGAUAAAAGGUGUGGAGAGACUUCUAGGAGGGCAGCAAGGCACCAAUCCUUAUUUGACUUUCCACUGCGUAAGUCAGGGUACCAUUCUGCUUGAUCUUGCUCCUGACGAUAAGGAGUAUCAGUCUGUAGAAGAGGAGAUGCAAAGUACAAUCCGGGAGCAUCGGGAUGGGGGAAAUGCUGGAGGGAUCUUCAACAGGUACAAUGUCAUCAGGAUCCAAAAGGUUGUGAACAAGAAGUUGCGGGAGAGAUUCUGUCACAGGCAGAAAGAGGUCUCAGAGGAGAAUCAUAACCAUCACAAUGAGCGCAUGUUGUUUCAUGGGUCUCCUUUUAUCAAUGCUAUCAUUCACAAAGGAUUUGAUGAAAGGCAUGCAUACAUUGGAGGAAUGUUUGGAGCUGGAAUUUACUUUGCUGAGAACUCGUCAAAAAGCAACCAAUAUGUGUAUGGGAUAGGGGGAGGAACAGGCUGUCCCACACAUAAAGACAGGUCCUGUUACAUCUGUCACAGACAAAUGCUCUUCUGUAGAGUGACCCUUGGAAAAUCCUUUCUUCAGUUCAGCACAAUGAAAAUGGCUCAUGCCCCUCCAGGGCACCACUCUGUUAUUGGCAGGCCAAGCGUGAAUGGACUCGCAUAUGCUGAAUAUGUUAUCUACAGAGGAGAACAGGCCUACCCAGAGUAUCUCAUUACAUACCAGAUCGUGAAACCAGAAGCUCCCUCACAGACAGCAACAGCAGCAGAGCAAAAGACCUAGUAGCUACAGAGCAGUGAAGAAGGAUGUGACUUUCAAUCUUGGACUGGAUGGAUACGUGUUUCAGAAAAUCAGUAUCAUAUAAAAUCCAUAACAACCUGGAAAUAAGCUGUAUGUCUUUUAUAAAGCAUUACUGUCUUGAUGAAUACAAUAUGAGUAACUCUUGCAUACUCAACUGCUACUGUUCCUUUUGAGGAAGGUUUACAAGGGACUGCCUUUUAAUAACAUAUCUCAGGCUCCUAGUCUCUGCAGUUACCAUGUGUAAAAUAAUGUUAUUUUGAUCUAGACUUUGGUAACAUUAUUGUGCAAAUGGAAAUCUUUAUCGGUGCCAUCUCAC